AUGAUCCAAAUAAAGUACAGACAUAUAAAACUUCGAAACCCGCCUAUCGUUUGAACUUGAUUAAUAUGCCGAUAUAUUCAUCUUCUGAUUUCGAAGAAUCUAAUGAUCAUAACAACUUAAGCGGAAAAUUGUUUGGGCGUGAAAGAUCGUUACAUUCUGCACUUGGCGGAGGACAAGUCGCGGACAUACUUCUAUGGAGAAAUAAAAGCCUGACAGCGGCUAUUCUGUUAGGGUUUACGAUGAUAUGGUUCCUCUUCGAAGUUCUCGAGUACAACUUUGUUACUCUAGUUUGUCAUAUCACCAUCCUUGUCAUGUUGAUGGUCUUCGUCACGUAUACCACGGCAAAAUUUACCGAUUGGGAUCUUCCCGAUAUCCAUGAGAUAACACUCCAAGAAUCCGCCUUCAAAUGGUUGUAUAGGAAACUAAACUUGUUUUUACUUCGGUUUUAUGAGAUCUCGAGUGGUGAAAACUUCCUCGAGUUUUUCAUGGUGAUCGGGGCAUUAUGGAUGAUUUCAGUUAUUGGAAACCAUUUCAGCUCGUUGAAUCUCUUGUUCUUCUGUGUUAUAUGCCUCGGGACAUUACCGGCGUUGUAUGAAGAGUACGAGAAAGAGGUAGAUCAUUUGAUCAGCAAAGGGAAGAAAGAUGCCACAAAGAUGUUAAAGAAACUUGAUGCUGAAGUGUUGAAAAAGAUCCCAAGAGGACGUGUAAAGGAAAAGAAACGCAAAUAAGUGACUUGAUGGUUCAGUUAAUCUAUUUUAUUAAUGUUGUAAACCAUGUAAAUAAAACUACAUGACAAAAGUUACAUACAAAUUUGUAAAUGUUGCAUACAAAAUAAAUGCAAAUAUUAAAGAUGAUCAACUUUUAGUUAAUAAGAACUUAUCUA